AUGCGCCAUCCCUCGGGGGCGCCGCCCGACCCGGCGCUGCAGCAGCAGGCUGAGGCAGCCGGCGCCCCGGCGGUAGCGGCGGCACCAGCGGCGGCGACAGCGUGCAGCACCAUCCUCGCCCCUGCUGCUGCGCCGCCUCCCGGACCCAGCCUAGACUCAGAGUCAGAAUUGGAGGAUGGGUGGCAGUCGUGCGAGGAGAAGGGGGAGGAGGAGGAGUCGGAAGAUGAGGCCAGCAUUGUGGCAGCACCUGCCUGUGCAGCAGGAGCAGGAGACACAGCAGCCGAUUCAGAUUUGGAAGAGGAAGUGCAGCAGGAGCUGGAGAGCCAGCGGCAGGAGGACCUGCAGACGCAGCGGCAGGAGGAGCAGGCGGCCCUGGUCUCGGCGCAGGGCGGUGGCAGCACGCCGCGAGUCGGCAGCGCGCCGCAGGUGGGCAGCCUGCCUGAUUCGGGAUGGAGUGAUGAGGAAAUGAAGGACGCCCAGCCGUCGCCGGCAGCAGGCGCCGGCGGCCCCGACCCUUUCCAGCGCACCUGGGAUAUGUGCGCCACUGUCGUCAGGGCCUGCUUCGCCAGGCAGUUUGAGCAGAAGGAGGGAAGCGGCGGCGUGGGCGGCAACUCGGGCGCGAGAGGGAGCGGGAGCAGCAAGCGCCAGCGCACGCUGCGGUGCCCGGUGUGCCUCAGCCGCGACGACGGCGGACGGCACUGUGCAUGCGGCGCGUGCCUGUCGGCACAGGGGGCGGCGGAUUUCAAGAUCUUUUGGAAGCGCAACUGCACCGCCGUGGAUGUCGUGUGCGGGAGUUGCGGGAAGCCGCAGUGUGUGGCACAGCAGGGCUCGGCCUUGGGCAUGCCCCAGGGCCUCAUCCCGGGCGAUGUCAUCUGGCUGGACAGCGCGGGGCGCAAGCAGUGGUCCAUCAUCCGCAGCUGCAGCACCGACGCCAGCGCCGGCGGCUGCGGCGGCGCUGCGGCCACGGCGCGUGGCAAGGUGGUGGAGGAGGGCAGGACCAAGCACACCAGCAGCUGGCACGUGCAGGGGCUGUCCACAAGCCUGCGGCUGCCCGUCACGGUGCCGGGCCAGCCACCUCGCUCACAAGACUUCCCCAUCCACAACGCCGAGCAGAACGCCAUCUUCACGCUGCGGCGCGAGCACGGCACGGUGCGGUGGUCGGAGUUUGCGAGGCGCUGGGCGGAAGGCAAGGCGGGCGUGCUGCCGCGCAGCCCCGCGCCACGCCUCUUCUACUCGGCAGACGGCACGCACGACCAGCUGGCAGUGGAGCCUGGCUGCCCCACCUUUGCUGCCUCCGGCUGCCCCUGCCGCUGCGCCUGCCUCAACCCGUGGGCUGUGCGGGGCGGCGACCCGCGCCGCAUGCUGCAUCGUGGGUGCGUGGGCGAGCGCGUGGCGGCGCCGUGCGCGGCGCCUGCGCCCGACGGCAGCUGGGCCCACCGGGGCGCCGCCUUCAGGCCUGGCGACCGCGCCUGGCUGGAGCCGGCUGUCAAGUGGGCUGUGGAUCAGCAGAUGGAGCUGGUGCGCAUCCAGCGCCUCUACCAGCUGGCAGACGACUCCCAGGACUCGCUGCAGAUGCCCCACGGCGGCGCGGCGGCAGAGGUGAUGGUGCAGUACGAGCGGUACAGCCGUACCGCCACCACGGCCGGCUUUGUGUACCGCCCCAGCGUCGAGGCGGGGGCGUGCAGGGCCACCCGGCUGCGGCCGUUUGAUGCGGAGACACUGCCGCGGGAGAUAGUGGUGGAGGAGGAUGGCGGAGGGGUGGCGGACGGUACGCCUGGGGCCUGCACAGGCGGCGCGGAUCGCGGCGGCGGCGGCGGGCAGACGCCGGAUGGCAGCGACGGCCCCACUCUCAUGUCGGGGAGCACCGCUAGCGGGGACAGCAGCAGCAGUGAGGCCGACAGCUGUGCUCAGCAGGCGGGCGCGGUCGCAGCCCCUGGCUCCACCCAGCCGUCGCAGCAGCCACGGCCGCCGCAGCAGCAGCAGCCGCAGCAGCAGGCAGGAGUUGGCGGCGCUGACGGGCCUGCUGAUGGCCCCCUCCUGUGUGACCUGUUCUGCGGCUUUGGAGGGCUGACGCUGGGGCUGCUGCGGGCGCUGCUGGGCUCUCGCGUGGGCUGGGCGUGCGACAACUUUGAGGCGGCAUUGAAGACUUAUGCGGGCUGCCACCCAGGCGCCACCAUCACCUGCGCGGAUGUGUGCGAGUUUGUGGAAAGCAUCCAGCACGGCGCCCCUCCCGGAGGUGAUGCCCUGGGCGGCAGCGCGCCGCGGAUCCUGGGCUUCUCCAAGGCCAGCAUGGCGGACCGGCAGGACAAGGCUUUCAAGAACGUGCUGCUGUGCACCUUCCUGACAGCGCUGUCCAAGCUGGGGUGGCCCUACGCCAUCAUUGAGAACGUCACGGGCCUGCUGUCUGCCGGGGAGACGAUGCAGUGCGUGCUGCAGUGCUGCGUAUCCAUGGGGUACCAGGCCUCAUUCCGACUGCUCAAUGCCGGCUGCUUCGGCACUGCGCAGGCAAGCGCCAGCGUUGUGGCAGGGGCUAGCGGCCUAAGCGUGGACCAGCCUCACCGCCGCCGCGUCAUCAUCCUCCUGUCGCUGCACGGCCUGCCGCACCCCCACCACCCGGUGCCCACCACCUGCUUCCAGGGGGCAGGCGGGUACAGCAGGGCCGGGGAGUGCAGCCUGGAGGCCCGUAGGGAGAUGGCAUACCGCGCCGUACCGCGCUGCUGGCGCCGCAACGUGGUGGUGCCCACCAAUGCGCCGCUGCCGGCGCUGGCCGCCGCCGAAGUGAUCGGGGACCUGCCGGAGCAGGCGGGGCCUGAUGCAGCGUAUGGCGUGCCCGCCUGCCCGGCCGUGGCCGCCGCGGCGGCUGCGCCGGGCGGCGAGCUGGGCUGGUAUGCGACUCGCAUGCGGGGCGGGGCAGGCGCGGGCGACGCGCUGCGCAACCACCAGACCACCAAUCUGUCGCAGGAGAGCCAAGAGCGGCUGGCGGCGCUGCCCAGGGAGGGCCAGGAGGGGUGGGAGCUGAGCAAGGGGGCGUGGGCGGGGCCGCCGGCGCAGCCCUUCCUGCCACGCCGCGCCGGCGACUGGCGCGACCUGCCUGCCUGCCUCAUCCCCGACCGGCUCCGGGGCCGGCAGCUGGUGCCGUCCAACGUCGGCCAGUUUGGCCGCCUGCUGUGGCUGUCCCACUUUGGCACGUGCCUCACCUCCCCCAAGCUCAACUCCAAGACCACCUCCACCACGGUGCACCCCAGCGCCGACCGGCCGCUGACGGUGCGCGAGGCGGCGCGCGUGCAGGGCGUGCCCGACGCCGUCACCUUCCACGGCACCAUCACAGAGGCGUACAAGCAGGUGGGCAACGCGGUGCCGCCGCCGCUGGCAGAGGCCAUCGGCCGCGAGCUGCGCAAGGCGAUGCGCCUGGCGGCCGAGCGCGCGCAGCGGCAGCAGCAGCAGCACUAG